AUGAAUUAUCCACGAUAUCUUCAUACAGCAUCGGUAUUAACAAAUGGAAAAGUAUUAGUUACUGGUGGAUGGAAUGAUGGUGUUAGUUUAGAUAAUGCCGAGUUGUAUGAUCCAUCGACAGGAGUGUGGAACAUCACUAAUAACAUGAAUUAUCCACGAAACCUUUAUACAGCAUCGGUAUUAGCAAAUGGAAAAGUAUUAGUUACUGGUGGAUGGAAUCAUGGUAUUUUUUCAAAUCGAUCUGAGUUGUAUGAUCCAUUGACAGGCAUGUGGAACGUCACUAAUAAUAUGAAUUAUCCACGAUGGUAUCACACAGCAUCAGUAUUAACAAAUGGAAAAGUGUUAGUUAUUGGUGGAUGGAAUGAUGGUGUUAGUUUAGAUAAUGCCGAGUUGUAUGAUCCAUCGACAGAAAUGUGGAACAUCACCAAAAAUAUGAAUUAUCCACGAUAUCAUCACACAGCAUCGGUAUUAACCAAUGGAAAAGUAUUAGUGACUGGUGGAGAUAAUACGGGUGUUUUAGAUAGUGUCGAAUUGUAUGAUCCAUCAACAGAAGUGUGGAAUAUCAUUAAUAAUAUGAAUUAUGCACGAGGAUAUCACACAGCAUCGAUAUUAACAAAUGGAAAAGUGUUAGUUACGGGUGGAUUGAAUAAUGGUGUUAGUUUAGAUAGUGCCGAGUUGUAUGAUCCAUCGACAGGAACGUGGAACGUCACUAAUAACAUGAAUUAUCCACGAUACUUUCACACAGCAUCAGUAUUAACAAAUGGAAAAGUGUUAGUUACUGGUGGAUUGAAUGGUGGUGUUAGUUUAGAUAGUGCCGAGUUGUAUGAUCCAUCGACAGGAGUGUGGAACGUCAUUAAUAAUAUGAAUUAUGCACGAGGAUAUCACACAGCAUCGGUAUUAACAAAUGGAAAAGUGUUAGUUAUUGGUGGAUAUGCUAGUGGUAGUUUAAAUAGCACUGAGCUAUACCAACCAUAA